AUGAAAAAGCCAUUAAAUUUUCUUUGCAAGAAGCAAGGUUGCCUACCUCCAGAAUAUCUUUCCAAGCAGAUACAUCAAAGGGAAAAUCACAAUUUCAAGAUGACUCUCAUUUUCUUGUUACUGCUGUCACUAGUAUACUCUACACAAGGGGGAGCACCAGGCACAAGUGGCGAUUUAAACAGUCCAAAACUGAAGGAGUUGGUGGAAAAUGAUGCGAAGCAAUACCUUAGUCUCUACGGCUACAUGUCUAUGCCUAAAGUGGACAAAGCAGCUGAAGGCAAAGCUAAUACGGUAGAGCCAAGCAAAUAUGAUCUUCAGACGGCUCUGCAGCGUUUCCAAAAAGCAUUCCUAAUUUAUCGUUCGGGUAUCGUAGACGUCCCUACUAUUUCAAAAAUGAAUGAAUAUAGAUGCGGCAAUAAGGAUAUGAGCGGAGGCGAAGAUUUGCAAGAUCUACCCAAAGAUCAACUCUGGGACAAAAAGGUGAUCACCUGGCAUAUCAGCUCGUUCCCAACGUCGCUUAAAGAAGCGCAGACAAGGGAAGCCUGCGAUGAGGCAUUCGAAAAAUGGCGACAAGUAGCAGGCAUCGACUUUACGGAAACGAAUGACCCGAAAAAAGCUGAUAUUGUGAUAAGCUUCGAAGAUCUUCCAGUAUCUCUAAUGAAUGUGGCAGCAGUCGGCAGCCGUCCUGGUAACAGUCAGAUAAUCUUGGAUAAGAGUCGCAUCUGGGGUUAUAGAAACCAUGUCCCGAGAGGAAUUUCGCUUUUCCAUACACUACUUCACGAGAUUGGUCACACACUUGGACUACAUCACAAUUUCUUCCGCGGCUCGAUAAUGUUCCCGAUGCUGAAACCAGCCUUGGUUCCCUAUGGAACAUUGGAUGGAGUUCCUAAUGUUGACAAACUAACACUGAGAAAACUCUACGGUCUUGCAGACGUGAGUGAGAAGAAAGAAGGUACUUUCGCAGCAACCAGCAAAUGUCCACGACAGCUCGAUUCCGUAGUCCAGCUGACCAGAGAUGAAUGGCUGCUUUUCCUCGAAGAUAAAGUCUACAAGAUCAACAAUAGAAAGUUCGUUGACACUGGAAAGAAAAUACAGGAUGUGUUCCCCAAAGGCCCCGAGUUCGUAAACGCAACUGUAAAGUCGGGCAACUUGCUUCUGCUUCUGACAGAACGAACAAUUUACGGCUAUGAAUACGAUGGAGUAACCUUCACGGAGGCACCCGACUUCCCUAGAGAGUUGCACGAGCUGGUGCUCUUCUAUCCACAGGCUGCAUUCCCACUGACAAAUGGAAGCGUGGUUUUGCUAUCGGGAAAUACGUUUGCAACAUAUAAUGUGCUUGAGAAUGCACCGUCAUUCUUGAAUGACAAGACCAGAUUCUAUCCAAAUUUGCCCGACGGCUUGCGUUCAGGUGUUCCUAAAGAUAUGCGAAGUGGAGAUGCUUACUGGAUGUUUGAUGAGACUACGGUUUCCGAUUACGACAUGCCCACAAAACAAGUGAUACAGCUCGAUUCAAUUCUCGACUUCUUCAAGUGCACUUAAUCUCAUAACUCUCUCUAUUUAUGCCCACAUACUAUGAUAAUCGAAGUUUCAAAUAUUUCUAGUAACGAUUAAUAUGUAGAAGUGCUCAACUUGUCAAUCUUUAUUCAAUUAAAUGUAUGUAUCUAUAGCAUGUUAUAUUGCCUGACUCAGUUCGUUAUAGAAUUUUGACACAACAUUGUGAUAUCUCGGUAUUUUCGCC